AUGGCCGCCAACAAGCAGGGCAAGAUGAUCAACUAUCGGAUGAGGAUUACCCUGACCGACGGCCGACAGAUGACGGGACAAAUGCUCGCAUUCGAUAAGCACAUGAACCUCGUACUCGCAGACACAGAAGAAUUCCGCCGCGUCAAGCGGAAGUCCAAGCCGGCUGCUGGACCGUCGAAUGCUCCCCUUGUCGAAGCGGAAGAGAAGCGGACUCUCGGUCUCACAAUCGUGCGCGGUACUCACGUCGUUUCCUGCUCCGUUGAUGGCCCACCUCCCGCCGAACCAUCCGCGCGACUUGGAACAGGUGCGCCUGGCGCUGCAGCUGCAGCUGCCACUCUUGCUGCUGGCCCAGGAAUAAGCAAGCCCGCUGGACGAGGUCUUCCUGUCGGCCUUGGAGGCCCUGUUGCUGGCGUUGGAGGACCACCACCGCCCCCUGGCGGCUUCGGUGGUUUCCCACCGGGUGGUUUUCCUGGAGCACCUCCUCCGGGAUUUGCUGGCCGUGGAGGACCCCCUGGAGGACCUCCUGGCUUCGGUCCCCCACCUGGAUUUGCUCCUCAAGGUGGUCCUCCCGGUGCCUUCCAGCCUCCACCAGGCUUUCAACCUCCCGGUCAGGGCCGGGGUUUCCCUCCUCCAGGCUUUGGUGGUAGAUGA